AGGACAAUACCGGCGGACUGUUAAGAUCAGUGGCCUGAACGACGAGCGGAUAAGUCGAGUUUUACAGCUUCACCAUGAGUCAAGGAAAGGACAAUGCGCGACUCAAAAGCUAUAAGAACAAAUCGCUCAACACAGACGAGAUGAGGAGGAGGAGGGAGGAGGAAGGCCUGCAGCUUCGCAAACAGAAGAAAGAUGAACAGCUGUUCAAAAGGAGGAAUGUGGCCACAGUGGAGGAAGACUGCACACUGGAGGAUGAUGGGAUGUCGGACAGUGGCUACCUGGAAUCCCAGGCUAAUAACAUGGAACAAAUUGCUGGAGGGGUUAUCUCAGAUGACAUGAUCCAGAUGAUCUUCUCCAGCUCUCCAGAACAGCAGCUCAUGGGAACCCAGCGCUUCAGAAAGCUCCUGUCUAAAGAACCAAACCCACCUAUCGAUGAAGUCAUCGCCACGUCGGGUGUAGUAGAGCGCUUUGUGGAGUUUCUGAGGAGGAAGGAGAACUGCACACUACAGUUCGAGGCAGCCUGGGUCCUGACGAACAUCGCCUCUGGGACGUCUCACCAGACGCGCGUGGUCAUCCAGGCCGGCGCCGUACCCAUAUUCAUAGAGAUGCUGAGCUCAGACUUUGAGGACGUCCAGGAACAGGCGGUGUGGGCAUUAGGAAACAUUGCCGGUGACAGCACAGAGUGUAGAGAUUACGUGCUGGAUUGCAACAUUCUCCCCUCCCUUGUACAGCUCUUGGCCAAACAGAACCGCUUGACUAUGAUGAGGAACGCCGUGUGGGCUCUUUCUAACCUGUGCAGAGGGAAGAACCCGCCUCCAGAUUUCGCCAAGGUGUCUCCGUGCCUCAGCGUUCUCUCCUGGCUGCUCUUCGUGAACGAUACAGACAUUCUGGCUGACGCGUGCUGGGCUCUCUCCUACCUGUCCGACGGACCCAACGACAAGAUCCAAGCCGUGAUCGACUCGGGCGUGUGCCGCAGACUGGUGGAGCUGCUUCUGCAUUCAGAUUAUAAGGUUGUAUCUCCUGCUCUCCGGGCCGUGGGGAACAUCGUGACAGGAGACGACGUCCAGACUCAGGUGAUCCUGAACUGCUCAGCCCUGCAGAGUCUGCUCCAUUUGCUCUGCAGCCCCAAGGAAUCAAUUAAAAAGGAGGCUUGCUGGACCAUCUCCAACAUCACUGCUGGUAACCGAGCGCAGAUACAGAUGGUGAUAGAUGCAGGUUUGCUGCCUCCUCUCAUCAGUAUACUUCAGGUAGCAGAGUUUCGUACGAGGAAAGAGGCGGCCUGGGCCAUUACCAAUGCCACGUCUGGCGGCUCUAGUGAGCAGAUCAGGCACCUAGUGGAGCUGGGUUGCAUCAAGCCUCUGUGUGACCUCUUGACGCUGAUGGACUCCAAGAUCGUGCAGGUGGCUCUGAACGGCCUGGAGAACAUCCUCAGACUCGGAGAGCAGGAGGGCAAGAGGAGUGGAGGAAUCAACCCCUAUUGUGCCCUCAUCGAGGAAGCAUAUGGUCUGGAUAAGCUGGAGUUCCUACAAGGUCAUGAAAACCAGGAGAUCUACCAGAAGGCGUUCGAUCUGAUCGAGCGUUACUUCAGCCCCGACGACGAGGACCCGACCCUGGCGCCCGCCGUCGACCUGCAGCAGCAGCAGUUCCUGUUCCAGCAGUGCGAGGCUCCCAUGGAGGGCUUCCAGCUCUGAGCUCCUCAACCUCUCCCAGAGAGUCAUUAUCGAUUAUCGUGAUCAUGAAGAGUGUGAUGUUGCGAAAGCCUGCGUUGCUGGUCGACUUCCCCUUUUCUUGCUCCCUUCACGCCCGCUGCUGUCGCUGGUCCGGCUUUUGAAGAAACCUUCGGGAGAACGAAGCCCGUAGGAACCGACGUGACCGUGAGACCAGCUCUGAACGUUCCCCGUCGCCCACGAGUGUCCUGCAUUUAUUUAUAUCCGGCUGAAAUCUUUAUCCCUGUAUAAAAUAAGCAUCACAUCCCUGCGGACUGGACCAGGAUCGAUGGAAUCUGGGAAUGAACCGCCCGCCCGCCCGCCCGCCCGCGCGGCCUCACCGCAGCACGGGGCGUCUCGAGGCGGCGAUUCUGUUCUCUUCUGUUCGGAAACACUGGAUUGACCGCGUGACUGUGGGAGCGCCCAACGAUGGCGUACAGAAAAACUGGCACAGCGUGGCCAGUCUGCCCUAAAGACUGAAGGACUUCUGCUGAAGACGCUCUUUUAUCUGCUCGGACUGACCGACCGCCACUGGCGACGUUUAUUUGCUUUUAAAUUCAUGCAUUCCUGUGACUGAACCCACGUGCGCAGGCUCCGGCUCAGUUAUUCUUUACCUUUUAAACAAAACAAUGACUAGUUUGCACUUUCGGGAGUUGGAGUCUCCCUGUGCACCGAGACUGAUUGACAGGGACGAACCCCCCACCCCCACGCCUCCAUGUCUCGAGCCUGUGCAUCGGACGUUUUCGGACUUUCAUCGGCACUUUACGUUCAGGACAGAAGUGGUUCCCAUCAGAACCUCUUCAUCUCCACGCAGUACUCGGCUCUUCGCUCCUCAGGAAUCGAGAUGAAGGCUCAUUGGACGUUCCUCACAGAGCUAAUCUCACUAAAUUUCAGCGUGCCACCUCGUUGGCUGCUCACAGACUCGGCCCUCUCUGAGGUCUCUUCCACUACUCUGACUCUGGACAUUCGGCUAGCUUAAAUCUUCCUGGCUAGCUUACACACACACACACACACACACAUUUUAAACCCCCCGAUCAGGUGACCCCCGCAUUACAGGACAAGUAGGACGAGAGGAAAAAGGCUGCAUCCCUUUUUUAUUAUGAAUACAUUUCUUCUGUUUUAUUUCGGGGUCGAAUCUGUCAGUACCGACGGUGCCAUAAUUCUAUUGUGAAAUCAUGAUUAAAACCCAGCAACGAACGGCAAAAAAAAAACCUAAAUGACUCAAAGUAAAGUCUAAAACAAAGUAAAUAUGUUGUGAGCUAAAAAGCUACGAUUGUUUAAUAGGUUUGUUUAAUUCUGUGUCGGAUUCUCUCAGAGCGACGGCCAGCUCUCCGUGUUCAAUACUGCUGUCAUACUAAGAUUGUGAACUGUCCUCUGUCAAGCCGAUUGCAUAAACGCUGUUUCAUGAG